AUGCUCCUAGACGACAUUUUCCCGUGUGCGCUGGGUUUGGUGGCCCUUUGCAUCGCCGUCGUCGUCGUCUACCGCCUGACACUGCACCCGCUCGCACGGGUGCCCGGCCCCGUUCUCGCCGCGGCCACGGGCGCCUACGAAGCCUACUUUCAGCUUAUCAAGGACGGAGGCGGCCGGUACUGGGUCGAGAUUGACCGGCUGCACGAUAUCUACGGGCCCAUUGUGCGCAUCAACCCAUGGGAGGUGCACAUCAAAGACGCGGACUGGAACGACGUGUACAAGCUCUCGGCCAGAGCGGCCAAGCCGUGGUGGUACUACAAGAGCUUCGGCACCGCCCUGAGCACGGCGACGACCGAGUCGGACCAGCUGCACCGCGUCCACCGCCAGCCGCUGCAGGCCUGGUUCUCGUCCCAGAACGUCGCCGACAACGUCCCCAAAGUGCAGGCGACGAUUGAGAAGCUGCAUGAUCGGCUCGCGGCCUCGCUGGGCCGGGUUGUCAGUCUCAGCGACGCGUACCGCUCCCUCGCCCUGGACGUGACGACCGUUUUUGCCUUUCGGCAGCCGUUUGGCGGCCUCGACCAUCCUGACUUUGGCAGGGACUUUAACCAGGCCGUCAAGAGCUACUCUCGCAUCGGGCUGCUCAACAGGUACUUCUUUGGGCUCCCGCUCUGGCUGCUCCAGUCGCUUCCGCAGCCCAUCUCCAACCGCAUCAGCCCGAAGGCGAGCCAGGUGUUUAUUGCGACGGUCCGCAACUGCGCCAAGUCCUUCUUCAACAAGCCCAUUGCGCCAGACGAGGGCCCCCAGGAUGUCGUGCAGUGCAUACGGGUCGCCGACAUGCCCGAGACGCAGAAGAGCUUUGUCCGCGUCUUCUCCGAGUGCCGCGGCGUGAUCCUGGCAGGCAACGAGACGAGCGCCACCGUCCUGACGUCCGUCACCUACCACGCGCUGGCCAACCCGGACAUUGGCGCCCGGCUCCGGCGCGAGCUUAAGGACGCCCGCGACGCCAAGGGCGCGAGCCUCACGUACCAGGAGCUCCGAGCGCUGCCCUAUCUCACGGGCGUCAUCAACGAGGCUCUGCGCACAUGCAACGCCGUCUCUGGCAGGCUCACGCGCUGCUCGGACGUGGCCGACUUUCAGUACCAGCAGUAUUUUCUGCCUCGCGGGACGUACAUCUCCAUCAGCAUCAACGACACGCACAUGGACCCGGCCAUCUUCGCGCAGCCCGACGCGUUUGAUCCGGAGCGCUGGCUGCGCCCGGCCGAUUGCAAGCGGCUGGCGAAGCAUCUGCAGCCGUGGGGUCGCGGCGCCCGGCUCUGCGUCGGCAAGGAAUUGGCCUAUACCGACCUGUACCUGACUGUGGCGCGGCUGUUUGGGCCAGAGUGCGGGUUUCGCUUCAGGUUGUUUGAGACGGAGAGGAGCGACUGGGACGCUUUUGGGGAUUAUUUCGGACCGAUGCCUCGUCCGGGGGGCCGGGGGCUGCGCGUGGUGGUUGAGCCGAACAGCAAGGAGGGUCAGUAG